AUGAUUUUCAGCAUAAAGAGCCCUGAGAGUCCUAAGAAAUCCCUAAGCCCAGACUUACCAAAGAAUGUACAAAAAAGUCAGCUCAAACAAGAUGGCACACAACUAACACAUGCAAAGAGACCAAUUGAUAUCAGCUGUUUAGAAAAAGGUCCUCCAGAAAAACAUCUGAAAUUUGAUUCCAGUCCACCACCAUUUUUUGGAAGUUUCAGUGAAGACUCUCUGAAUUCUAUAACAGUUGAAGAACCUAAUAAAGAAAGCGUUUUGCGCAAUCUACUUGUGAAUGGAGAAGACCUGAACAAUGGCUAUAGUGUCAACAGACCUUUAACAUCACCAAGUUUCAUGACGGAUUUGCUAUAUCUCAAUACAAAGUCCAUGUCACCAACAUCAAAUCGGUUAUUACUACCACGUCUAACUCAGUCGGACUAUCUUUUCUAUUUUUUCUUUUCUCUUUCUUCCUCUUUUUCUUCUUUUUCUUCAUCUUUUUCUUUUUUCCUUUCUACUUUUUCUUUUCUUGCCCUACUUUUCUUUUCCUUCUCUCUCUAUUUUUUCUUUUCUCCCCACUUUUUUUUUCUUUCCUCCUCUUCUUUUUCUUUCCCCCUCUUCUUUUUCUUUCCCCCUCUUCUUUUUCUUUCCCCCUCUUCUUUUUCUUUCCUCCUCUUCUUUUUCCUUUUCUUUUCCUUUUUUCUUUCUUUUCCUUUUUUCUUUCUCUUGUCUUUCUUUUCUCUUGUCUUUCUUUUCUCUUGUCUUUCUUUUCUCUUGUCUUUCUUUUCUCUUGUCUUUCUUUUCUCUUGUCUUUCUUUUCUCUUGUCUUUCUUUUCUCUUGUCUUUCUUUUCUCUUGUCUUUCUUUUCUCUUGUCUUUCUUUUCUCUUGUCUUUCUUUUCUCUUUGUCUUUCUUUUUCUCUUGUCUUUCUUUUCUCUUGUCUUUCUUUUCUCUUGUCUUUCUUUUCUCUUGUCUUUCUUUUCUCUUGUCUUUCUUUUCUCUUGUCUUUCUUUUCUCUUGUCUUUCUUUUCUCUUCUUCUCAAAUAUAUAA